AUGGCGGCCCCCCGCAAGCCCCCAUUUGAAUCCGACCCGUUGAGCGCGUCCGGUGGGCAUGCUGACGCCGCGGCCUUCGAGCUGCGCAUGUCCCAGCCGCUGUCCCAGUCUCAGGACCUUGUUCGAGCCUUCGAGCUGGCAGAGCCGCUGAACCUCACGCCGCUCAGCCAGGGCAUUACGGACGCCAACGGAGGCGACUUCCCCGCGACCCAGUCCCAGCCGCAGGCCAGCCAGCCCCUCGUCGCCGACCCUUACCCCGUCAAGGGCACAGACGCGCUGCCCGGCGGCGUCGGCGACGUCUUCCAGGGCCUGAGCGACGUCGAGCUCGAGGCGCUCCGCGGCCUGCAGAAGCUGCUGCCUGAGGAGUUUGAGGCCGCCGCCGCCGCCGCGGUCGCUGCGAGCGGCGUCGCCUUCGGCGCCCUGCAGCAGGCCAAGCUCGCGGGCUUCGACGGCAGCGCUGCGCUGGCCCUGCUUGGCGGCGCGCCGCAGGAGCAGCAGGAUCCAGAGGAGCACCAGCAGCGGCCGCACCACGGCCACCGGUCUGGCGGCAAGAAGGGCAAAGGCCAGGGGCAGCACCCGAGCCUGCGCAAGGCGGAGCACCGCAUGAGCCGCGCGACGCGGCGGGGGCCGAUGGAUGAGAUGCGGCAGCUGAUGCGCAUCCUGACAAAGCUGCUGACAGCGGACAAUGGCGUGCGGCAGGUUUUGGUGGAGGACCAGGGUGGCGGCAACCGCGUGUCCGAGGACCAGAUUAAGGAGUACCUGCGCUACAACCUCGGGGAGGCGCCCAUGCCAGAGUGGGGCCUGCCCAACGGAUGGGGCUCCUACCUCAGCGAGCUGUUCAGCUGGGCCACCGGCCGGCUGAUCUCCAAGGACGAGGCCAUGGCCUGCGCGCGCCGCCAGCCGGGGCGCAGCUGGGAGGCGGUCACCGAGAAGCUGCAAGUCAUUGGCGUCCACUGCUGGAACUGGCCGGUGCCACUGACGCUGGAGGGUUGCCGCAACUGCGCCAAAACGCCGCCGCCGGCGACGCCCGCGCAGCAGCUCACCAAAGAGCUGCUGGCCAACACUGGCAAGCGCGCCGCCAGCAGCAGCGGCGGGGGCGUCGCAGCUGCAUCCUCGGCAGCCCCCGUGAGCGCAGCCGUGGGCGUGGCCACGGAUGGGCCCGCACCGGCCCUCGCGCCUGCCCCGGCCCCCGUGGCCGUUCCACCCGCGGCUGGCCUAGCGGCAGCUGCGGCAUUCGCCACCACCGCUGCCGUGGCGGCCCCCACUGCUGCAGUGGCGACGUCGCCAACGCCAGAGGAGGACGACGGCAUGGAUGCUGCUGCUCAGGGCGCGCGCCGCGCCGUGAAGCGCAUACGCGUGUGCUCUGAGUUCCCCUAUGUGGCAGACCUGCACCGCCUGUCGGAGCUGCAGCUGUGGUCCGUGGUCGUGUCGGCGCUGCAGAUGGCGUCCCAAAAGCGCGCCAGUGGAGACAACGACGCCCGCGUCGCCGCGGAGGUCCGCAACCUGCGGGACACCGCGCGCACCAUGCUGCUGCAGGCGGACCCCACCCAAGUCACGCCCCUGGACUUUGGCGCGCUCGCGGCGCUGCAGCAGCAGCAGCUGCACGCGCUGCUGGCGCAGCAGCAGCAGGCCGCUGCCGGCGCCGGUGCCGGCGUGGGCCUGGCCGGCGGCAGGCCUGCGGGGGCGACGGCGGCAGCGGCCGCGGCGGCGGGGCUGCUGCCGGGGGUGGCAGGCGUGCCGAUUGGGAUGCCUGUCGGGGCGGGGCCUGGCGCGACGCUGCCUGCAAGCCUGCAGGCGACGCUCGCUGGGAUGCAGGGGAUGCCACUGCCUUUCUCUGCCCCGUUGGACGUCACUAUUCCGGUCGCUGUGGGCGCCGCCCCGCUGCUGACCGAAGGCCAGGCAGAUGCAGGACGUCAGGCGGCACCUGCAGAGGGUGCCGCGUCUGGCAGCAGCAGCGGCGGCGGCGGGACGAGCGGCGACGACUGCGGUAGCGGCAGCGGCGGAGACGACGACGGGGACGGCGGCGGCGCAGCCCAGGCGGCCGCAGCGGCGGCUGUUGCAGCGGCCGCGGCUGCGGUGGCUAAGGACGUGCAGGGGGCCGACAGCAGGGGCGCGCUUGGGCCAGCUCCGAUGCAGGUAGACGGGGCCGGCGGCUGCGGGCACUCGUCUGGUGCCAGCGGCCCUCUGGCCCCAAAUAUGCUGGCACUGGCUUCCGGCCUGCCGCAGCCGGGCGUGUAUGGCGGUCUGGCGGCGGCCGCGAUGGAGCAGAAUGCAGCAUGA